CACGCCACACCUCGAGUCAACACUCUCUCUAUUUCACUCUUUCGACGCCUGUGGAAAUGGUCCUUUUCCCAGAUUAGCUUGGGGUCCUCUCUUUCACCCAAACUUCAAGACAGAUAGAGUUGUUCGACUCGAGUCACAAUGGACAGUGGCAAUGAAGAAGCUGGGGAGUACGAGCUCCGGGAAGAUGAGCACCCAGACAAUCCGAUUGAUGAGUACACUCAGACGUCACAUCUAAUUCCCUUGGAUGCGCUCUCAGAUGAUACUUCUCCUCCAACCCCACGGUUCAUACAAGACCAACGCUCCCCCGCGUUCAUGAAAUGGGUACCUAUUCCAAUCCGACGGGUUAGUCAGGCAGCUGUGAGGUGGGCAAAGGGACCAAAUCCUCCUCAUAUCCAUACUAUCAAGCCGCUGUUUCCGCACAUUCAGGAAACACCUAUUCGACUUUUGGAUAAAUAUGCCCCGAAGAGGAGGCAUAGGAUCACACUGUUGAUCGCGUUCUACUCUUGCUGGAUAUUCACCUUCGCCAUGGUCAUGCGUCAGGGUACAAUCGCCACUGAGAUUGAAGGAUGGGGAGUUCCAGUAAAUAUUGGGUGCGGAAAUACUUAUUGGGUUCCGGGAAACAGAUGUGGGUUGAAUGGAAACGAUUGCCGGCCUUUCAACGGAGGUGGAUUUGCCUUUCGCUGUCCUGCGAACUGUCGCAGCCACCAGGUUCUGAACCCACAUGCCGUUGGUACACAAGAAGUCAAUUAUAGACCAUUGGUAAUUGGAGGCCCAUCAUCUGACGAUGAUGUGACCCCAGUCUAUCGCAGUGACUCCUUUAUCUGCGGAUCUGCUAUUCAUGCCGGAAUCAUUGAUAAUACCAAAGGAGGAUGCGGUGUCGUUUCUCUAGUCGGUGCACACCAUAAUUACGAGAGUUCCAAGAGGCACGGCAUUGAAAGCAUUGGGUUUGACUCCAAUUUCCCGUCAUCUUUUACAUUCCACUCCGGGACUACUUGCAAAGCCAAGGAUGCGCGCUGGCCACUGCUCUUUGUCUCGCUAACAUUUACUAUCUUGUUAUCACUGUUUACCACAUCACCUGGAGUAUUCUUCUUCAGCAUUUUUACUGGGCUUUUCGCCCAUGUUGGACUUGCGUCCGAUCCACCCAACCACGAUUCUAUGGCUGGACUCAUAUCGAAUAUUUUAGGAAAGUUCUUACCCGCAGCAUUUUGCGCUUUCGUCAUGUACGAAUAUAUGGGCGUUCGUCGGGCUCUGAGUGGGCUGACCGCACAAAUCGAGAAGACCAUCCUAUGGCUCGGCGCAUGCUGGGUUGGUGCCCUUUCUAAUUAUACCUUCGAGUGGCUUCCAAUUCAGCGUUUGAACAAGCAUGAUCUGGAGCAGCAGCCAGGCGCAAAAUUGGCAUUGGCCAUCAUAAUCAUACUCCUGACCCUCAUCGUAAUCAAACAGGUUUUCUUCUUUCGCCGCGAGGGACGCUUAAUACGAUAUCUCGGCAUCUAUGGAAUAUUCCUGGGUGGAAUUCUGCUGUCCCUUACCCUACCAGGGCUCAGUCUCCGCAUCCAUCAUUACAUUCUAGCCCUACUCCUACUUCCAGGGACGAGCAUGCAAACUCGGCCGGUACUCCUGUACCAAGGCAUUUUGGUUGGUCUCUUCAUUAACGGGAUUGCACGCUGGGGGUUCGACUCCGUGCUCCAAACACCAGCAGCACUGCAAGGAGACGCCCAGCACGGUUCAAAACUACCCAAGAUACUCCCCCCAACCAUAACACUGGGGCAAAACGUAUCCACGAUCUCCUUCUCGUGGCUUCCUCCGCCCGAGCCUUUCGACGGCAUCAGCGUGCUGGUGAACGACGUCGAGAGGUUCAGAGGCUACACAGACGAAGGAUUCACAAGCGAUAGUAAAUUUGAGUGGAAGAAAGACCUCGCGAUUAACGAGCCGGAAUAUUUCCGUUUUGCUUAUAUGCAGGGCUCGCAGAGUUGGGACUACACAAAAGCGGGUGUCUGGAACGCGGAUGGCUCGUGGACGGAGAUGGAAGAUGGCCCUAGUAAGGUCAAGAGCAGGUCUUUGAAACGGAAGGUUCUGGUUGGUCCUGUAGGAUAAGGUAGUCAUUCUUUUGAGUAUGGGAUUCAUUGGGAAGGGUAUAUAUGACUCCAUUAUAUAUAUGUAGAUCAUGUCUGUAACAUAG